ACAAGUUGGCAGCACUGCUACUACAUUUGUUGUUUACGUGCAGUAAAUAAAUGUCAAAUUUACAGCUGACCCAGGAAAAACUCGACGCGCUGCGCUCGGAGUACAGGCCACGCAGACCGUGUGCGCUGUUGAAAUAUCCACGGCCAAAAACAAAGCCAGAAUACCAGUCAAUAUAUCCAUGGAUUAUACUGGAUGAAACUGAUCCACACUUUGUCUUCUGCGCCGUCUGCGAGUGCCGUCUCAGCGCCAAACGCUCUGACCUGGGCAAGCACGAGGGCAGCAUCAAGCACUCGGAAAAUGCACAGCGCAAGUCUGUGUUGUCCAAAGAAAAUCCCGAAUUGGCUGUAGGUGUUAAGUGGGAGUACAAUGAUGAGGAUGAUGGCAGAUUGCUGCAAUUUGGGACAGACGCUGAUCUAUGCAAGACAGAGGCAGACAACGAGGAUGCCGAUGCUGAUGCUGAAGAAAAUGAUGUUGAAGCUGAAGCAGAGGCAGACGAUGAAGAAGACGAAGCAGAAGCAGAUGCGGACGCUGAUCCUGAUGCUGAAAUUGAUUCCGAAUAUGAGCCGAAAUCUAAACGACGUAUAUCGGAAACAGACUCUACACAUUCUGGCAUGCUGGAUUACCUGCCACUGCAGGUGACCAUCAAUGAAUUACCUCAUGUCCAGCUGACACCAGCAGCUCAGCCAUCAGCACACUGUCAGCCGACGACAGCAUCGCCGCAGCCUUGUCGCAUUACCAUUAAAAAGGUGACAGCGCCGCUGACAAAGGUGGGCACAAGCCAAGCGCAAGAGAUUACGUCGAAGGCGACGAUAACGCCAAUAGCCACAGGUUGCUACACGCCAACAGCGCGUCAGCCGCAGUUGCAAUCCUAUGCGGCCAGGCAACUGCAGUCAUACCAACUGCAGCACCUUACUUCACUGGAGCACCCAUCACGGGAUUCCCUUGAUCUCUUUUUCGACAGCAUUUGCGCCACGGUCAAAAGUCUGCCGCCAAAAUUAGCCACUGAAGGCAAAAUCCGUGUAAUGCAGCUAAUUGGGGAAUUGGAACUACGCGCCAUCAACGAGCGCGAAGCACUUCCCACAACAAGUGCGACAACUAUGCCUGUUGAUCCAUCCACUUCCACUUGCGUUGGACUUGCAGAUGCGCCCGGAAGCAGUCAGCAAAAUUCAACAGUUGCAUCGACUACCAAAUGAUCGUGUUGUAGGCUCUGUUCCUGGAACCAGUUCAAAUCAUACUCUUAUCAUUAGCGAAAAUAAUUGUAUACUAUGUACUGUAAUGAUUGUUUAUAUAUAUAUUUUUUCAUAUAUAGUAUUAGGCUUCAUUCAUAACCAUCAGCGUGUUUGAGGUAAACACUGUUAUCGGUCCUUGUGGCUGUUAUCGGUUAGAGAUUGAUUAAGUAAAUACCAUACAAUUAUGUAUUAAUUAAUUAAAAUUUAUCAUAAAAA